AUGUUCCAUCAGUGGCAACAGCACGACCCCGACAAGCGACCUCGUCUCGCGAGGACGCGUACUGGGUGUCUGACUUGCCGACGGAGAAAAGUCCGCUGUAAUGAGCAGCGGCCAGAGUGCGGCCAUUGUAGUCGCCUGCAUCUGUCAUGUUCUUGGCCGCAGGAUGGGUAUGCGCCAAUCGCCAAGAUAGGCAAGGUGAAGACGAAGCUAGAAGGAGGUCAUAAGCGACUGCAGCGAUUACAGCAAAGACAGCAGCAACAGCAACAACAAUUCCAGGCACAUUCCCAGGCGCAAUCGCAAUUGCAAUCGCAGCCGCAAUCGCCACCGCAGUCACAACAGCAGCCACAGCAGCAUAUUCUACCUGACGUCGAAUUCAGUGAGCUAUUCAACUAUGCGAGCUUUUUAUGGGACGAUUCUUCGCCGACAUUAUCCUCUGAAUGGCCAACUGGGUCGUCGCCUCCCCUGAAUGGCGAUGCGAUUGUGCCACACGAUCAAUUGCAAUUACCAUUCUCAAUCACAUCGCACGAAACGAGCAAGAGAACAACAGUACAUGAACAGUUUUUUGAUCCAAGGGAACUAGGAGGGAUUGGUGACCACAUGUCCAAGUCAGCCUACUUCACAACGUUCAAUGAGUCCCAGUUAGCAGACUUCUUCGCACAAUCCAACGCGCCGCCGAUCCUGGCUCCGGUUGAGACGAGUUCACGCUGGUCUCGCAUGAGGAAGAUGCUGAUAUACAUGUGCGGCAAGUCAACAAUGGUCAAAAACGCGGUCAUGGCAUUUGCCGCGCUACAGACGCAUUCACCGUCGGACCAAAAUCCAACCAUCUAUUCCAAAUACUACGACUCGUCUAGAGAGAAGUUGAUUGAAGUCCUUGCUGAAAUUAGAAAGGACCAGAGGGUGUUGACAACUGAACUCAAACAUAUUUUGGCCGUGGUCUUUUUAUUGACUUAUAUUGAUCUUUUGGCCGACGAUGUCUUUAAGGCGCAUGCGAACCUGAGAGAAGCCUAUGAUGCUUUGCAGUUGAUUAAGAGCGGGACACUGGGCAUUACGGAGAAGUGCUUUUUAUCCUGGCUUCGACUUCUCGACGGCCGCGCCGUGAGCGCUGGUGGAGAAGGCCUCUUCCUUAACGAGGACGAGAUCAAUAUCACAGACGACAUCGAAACACCCACUGAAGCCGCCGAUGACAGCAUGGAAAACGCGGAGACCGUAUUAGAAGACAUCCUCACCCGCCCGGCUUUUUCCUUCUUCCAAAAAGUGCAGUCUUUCAUGGGCCGUAUCUCACGAAUCGAUCCGUGGCAUCGAUCUCGCGGAACUGUCGAAGACGAAACAGAAGUCAUGAUUAUCGCGCAAAAGAUCAGCAAAGAUAUUAAAGCUCUUUGGCAGCAACGACCGCCUCUCAUGGACCAGGCGAUUGCGCAGAAACUAGCUCCUCCUUUACUAGCACCUUCACUGGCGAAUACCAUAACGCGCGCGUUGAUGGUGUGUUAUGCAAACUACCAUGCUAGUUUUGUCCAUUUACAUCGGGUGGCUUAUAAAAACCUCCCUCGCACACCAGAUGUGAAAAACGCGCUCUCGGCCAUUCGCGAAGUAAUAGAAAACGUAAUCCAGCUCCCCCCCGACGCUGAUCCCAGUGAGCCUGUUUUCACGUUCACGUCUGGAUCUCCGCUACCGAGUAACAUGCUCUGGCCGCUACUGAUGCUUGGCGUUGAGUCUGACGAUCAGACUCAGCGAACGUGGGUGGUGGCCUCGAUGAAGAGUAUGGAAAGCAUCGUGUCGAAUGCAAAAAUCACCGCGGAUGUUUUGGAGGAAGUUAUCAGGCGACAAGAUGAGACGGGGCAGAGAGUUGAUAUUAGGCAAGUUAUGCACGACACUUUCACUCGGGCUUUUGCUAUUGUAUAA